AUGUCAUUGACCUGGUUAAAUCAAAGCAUUGACGACCCUAACCUUGUUCAAUCUGUUCAAGACUUGAUCAAAGCCUAUCCCGCCAGCUCCAGGGUCAUUGAACGUCUAGUGCAAUACUACGACAGUAAAGCCCCAUCAGACAGAGAUACUAAAAGACGCAAAUUGGAUGAAAAGAAUGCCCUCUCCAGCGAUGAAAUUCUGCGCAUCAUGGAUGUAUCAUUUCAGCUACCAGCCAGAAAGAAAUUGGAUUUAAUCAUCACUCGCACGCGUUUAAUACUGUUCAAUCCCAAGCAAAAUGCCAUUGAAGUGCAAUACAAUUUGGACGAUCUUUCACAGCUUGGUGGCGCAUGCGUCCCCAGUCCAGACAAGGCGGUAAAGAGCUACACUUACACUAUCUUUUUGAAAACAGAAGAUGUGAUUGUAUUCAACACGCAGGAUAAAGUCAAUGUAACACUCAAAAAGCCAGAUACAGAAGAUCAGAUUCUAGAGACCAACAAGCAUGAAGUGAUUUCUCAACUGAUUACAGAACACGCACGCGUUCCCAUCACACAGCCAUCCAAAGAGUACUUUAGGUCCACAGGCGUCUCAACCACUACAGGCAAAUUGGAGGAUCGGUCUCAUGUUAUCGGAUACCUGAAAGCCAAAGAUGGAUUUCUCUUCUUUCUGCCCACUGGUAUCUUGUUUGGCUUCAAGAAGCCCACACUCUUCUUUCCUAUUUCCAGCUUGGCUUCCACAGUGAUUACCAACAUUACACAGCGCACAUUUGACCUGACAUUGACCCUAAGACCAGAAUCCAAGAUAUUGGGAUCCGCUGGCUUCCGCACAACAAAAGAAGGCGACAAUGAUACUGUGCAGUUCUCAAUGAUUGAGCAAUCCGAAUAUGGUGGUAUUGAAGCAUACACUAAGAAGCUCAACAUCAACGAUCACAGCAUGGCAGAAGAGAGAAAGGCUGUUAGUAAGGGUGGCGAGCACAAUGAAUCAACAGGCGAGCACCAUGAUAUGGACGAUGGACAAGACACAUCAGAGAACGAUGAGGAUUUUGAGCCUAGCGAUGACGAGAAUGAGCCCUUAGAAUUUGACACGGAUGCAUCUGCUGACGAGGAUGACGAUGAGGACGAUGAGGACGAUGAAGCACAAGCCGACAAAGAACUUGCUCAAGAGGAAGAGCAUGAAUUUGAAGAUGCUGUCAUGUCUGAAAACGAAGAUCAAGAAGAAGAGCUGUUGGAUGAAAGCGAUUAA